GGGAGGGGCUGGUUGGCAGCGCCUGGCGCGAGGGGGAAGCCGGCGCGGGGGGGGGCCCUGCCGGAGGGAGGCGCCGCCAGCCGGCCGUUGGGAGAAGCCGGCGGCCCCGUGCGCGGGCAGCGGGAACAUGGCGAGCGCGGGCAGCGCCGCGGAGGAGGGCGCUGGCGAGGAGGAAAACUUUGAAGAUGCCUUUGAAAGUAUCCCAGUGGCAUCCAAGAUGGAUCUCAAGUGUGCGCUGGAAGAAUGUUCAAUGGCACUGAAUUUAUUUCUAAAUAAUAAAUUUUCUGAAGCCCUGGAAUUACUUCGGCCAUGGUCUAAAGACAGCAUGUACCAUGCCCUUGGCUAUAGCACUAUUUUAGUUAUGCAGGCUGCUAUGACCUUCGAGCACCAGGAUAUCCAAAUGGGGAUUUCUACAAUGAAGGAAGCUUUACACACCUGCCAAAGAUUCAGGAAAAGAAGCACAGUGGUAGAGUCUUUGUCUAGUCUGGUUUCUAAACAGUCAAUGGAUCAGCUGAGUGAAGAGGAAAUGCAUGCAGAAAUCUGUUAUGCUGAAUGUUUGCUACAGAAAGCAGCACUCACAUUUGUACAGGAUGAAAAUAUGAUCAACUUUAUCAAAGGUGGCCUCAAAAUUAGGACAAGUUACCAAAUAUACAAAGAAUGCCAUCAGGUGCUACAGAUGACUCAGGGCAACAAAAAUAAAAAUGAAACCUACCAUCAGUUUGAAGGAGGAGUAAAACUUGGAAUAGGAGCAUUCAAUUUGAUGCUGUCCCUUUUACCAGGAAGGAUUCUCCGACUUCUAGAAUUUAUUGGGUUUUCUGGCAAUAGGAAAUUGGGCCUCCAUCAGCUGCGGGAAGGUGCUUCUGGUAGCAGUUUGAGGGCCAUACUGUGUACUUUUACCCUGCUGGUAUAUCAUACUUACGUCUCUUUAAUCCUUGGUAUAGGGGAAGCCAAUCUUCAGGAAGCAGAGACUCUUCUUGAACCCUACCUCCAGAAGUUUCCAAAUGGUUCCAUCAUUUUGUUUUAUGAUGCCAGAAUAGAUAUACUGAAAGGAAAUUUUGAAAAGGCACAGUCAACAUUCCAAGAAUGCAUUGCUGCUCAGCAAGAGUGGAAACAGAUUCAUCACCUCUGUUAUUGGGAACUGAUGUGGUGCUACUCAUUCCAGCAGAACUGGCUUCAAGCAUAUCGAUAUGCAGACCUGCUCUGCAAAGAGAGCAAGUGGUCUAAGGCAAUAUAUGUAUUCCAGAAAGCUGCAAUUUUGUGUAUGCUUCCAGAUGAGGAUGUGAAAACAACUGGAGAAGAUAUUGUGUCUUUGUUCAGACAAGUGGAUGGUCUAAGACAAAGAAUUGCAGGAAAAUCUAUCCCAACAGAAAAGUUAGCAGUGAGGAAAGCUCGACGUUAUAAUGGUGCUCAGCCAGUGAAGCUUAUACUACCUGCCCUGGAAAUGAUGUACGUCUGGAAUGGAUUUGCAAUCGUAGGCAAAAGGGCUGACCUCACAGAAAGUUUACUGAUAACAAUUGAGAAAGAAGAAACUGCUUUACAGAAUCAAACUAGUCGCACUGAAUAUUUUAUAGAUGACUUGUGCUUGCUGCAGUUACUAAAAGGCCUUUGUUUGAAACACCUAGGAAGACUCUUGCAAGCUGAACUGUGUUUUAAUCAAGUUAUCCAAAGUGAGAAGCAGAUAAAAUAUGAUAACUAUUUGGUGCCAUUCACUCUGUAUGAGUUGGGACUUCUAUACAAACAGCAGGACCAGAGAGAGAAAGCAAUAAGAUAUAUAGAAACUGCAAAAAACAACUACAAAGAAUACUCCAUGGAGUCAAGGUUACACUUCAGGAUUCAUGCAGCACUUGACAGCCUGAAAGUGACUCCUGCUUCUACGCCUUGACUUAGCCGAAGGGUGAUCUUUUUCCAUGAAUUCAAGUGUCUACGUGAUCUUGGUUGAAUGUUUUUAAAAAAUCAUGUAGAUGACUGAAUGAAAAAGAAACAACUAAUUAUUAUAUUUUCUAUCAUCUGUGAUUUGAUGUUUGUCAUCCUUUUUAGUCUGUUUUUUCUUAUGGUUAAAGCUAUGAUUAUAUCACGGCGGUAACGGAAGUCACGGAAUCUGUGACUUCCAUUGAUCUCUGACAUUUUCUGCCCUGGGUUGGAGCUCCCAGCCCCUCCCCCGUGGCUCCCGAACUGGUGGGGCACCCUGCAGCUGCCGAGGCCCAGCGGGGGACCCCCCGAAGCUGCCCAGCCAUGGCGGCAGGGACUCCCUGCAGCUACACAGCCAUGGCAGUGGGUGGCAGGGGGACUCCCUGCAGCUGCCCAGCCACGGCUGGCUGUGGGGAUUCCCCUCAGCUACCCAGCCAUGAUGGGUGGCAAGAGAACCAGCGGUGAGGGGACCCCGCAGCUCCCACUCCCCACAGCAGCAGGGGAUCCCAGAGCUCCCACUGACUGCAGCAGUGUGGGAUCCGGGAGCCCCAGCAGCCCUUUUGUCAGGGAUAUUUUUAGUGAAAGUCAGGGACAGGUCACGGACUUCCAUGAAUUUUUGUUUAUUGCCGCUUGACCUGUCCCUGACUUUUACUAAAAAUAUCUGUGACAAAAACUUAGCCCUACUUAAGGUGCAUAUACCAUAUCUCUGUGUGAUACUUUAAAGAAAGAUCUUAUAUUUUGUUUCAUAAAAUAAUCAAUUUAAUGUUUAACUUGAAUGGGUUUAUUUUAAAAGCCAGUUGCUGGUGCAAUAAAGUCUAAUUCAAACACUUUAUUUUUUUAAUGUGAAAACUAAUAUUGUUUCUGCAGUGAAGCUGUUUGAUGAUUUUAUGUCAUAGUUUCAGCAUUCCAUGGGAACUUGGUUUUCUGCAAUGCACUUAUUAGGACCUUAGUGCCCUUGGAACAAAUUUGUUGGCUUGUUGGUAGCCUCAGUCACAUAUUGGGCAAACAUCUGAAACGGAAAUUUGUGUAUCAAAGAAACAAUAAUUUUCAGCCAAAUAACUACAAAGGACUUAAAUUCACCACAAGAACACUAAUUUUGUCUUCAGUGAAAUAUUCUUACAAAUCUCCUUCAAGACAAAAUUAGGCACAGCCACAGUUAUGGUUGCCUUGCAAUACUGUAUUUCAUUCCAAAUAAGUGAUUGCAGAGAGUCCUUCCCACUCUUGUUGGGUUUCAGUCAAAGUAUAUGAGUAUACAAAGAGAUGAAGUCACUGUAUGUGACUUACUGACAGAGAGAGGAAAGAAAAUAACCAAGGUAAAAAAAACUUUGUUCAAAUUUACACCUUUUCAGUUAGUGGUUUUUAAUGGCAAUGAAAGAUUCAUUUAGAAGUUUAAUUAAAAGUAAGUAUUUAAUAUACAUUUUAUGGUUAGUCUUUCUAGAAGAUUUUUUUAAGAUGUAAUUUUCUUCUCGUAGACAUUCUUAAAAGAACUAAGGCUGUUAGUAAAGUUUUAGUUAAACAUAAAUAUAUGUAUUCUUGACAAAGGAAUUUUCAGAGCUGCAGCAACAGUAAAGAAUCCUCUAUCUGAGCAAAUAGUGUGGCCUGAUCCAAAGCCUUUUGAAAUCAAUGAAUGGAAAGACUUCCGUUGACUUUGGUGGGCUUCGGUUCAGACCCUUAGAACCUGAACCUGGAAGACAUUUCUUGAAAUGUUUAGUAUAUAAUAUGAUAUAUCUUGGUCCAGAGCAUUAGGCACACACAUCGCAUUAGUAAUAAUAUCAGUUGCAGGAAUGCAAGACAGCUUCCCCAGCUUCUUCAGUGAAGCCUUCCCAUGUCAACAUGACCAAAAGUUUUUUUUCCCCACUGUAAUUGUGUUUGUGAUGUUUCUGAUUAAAGUAGCUUCUUUUUUUAAUAGCCUCUUGUUGGAGGCAGCCAUAUUGCAUGCACAAACAGAAUAGGCAUAUAAAGACAAUUUUGUACCUUUUGAUGCCCUUAGUCCUCUAAUAUAACUCCUGCAUACAUAUUCUCCCUUGCUAAAUUCUUAGUUUGCUUGUUUUAGAAUCUUGAGGGAGCAGGUCUUCCUAGCUUCAUUCUAAACAGUUAUUUUUUACCCAUUGAUAGUAGAAAAUGUAAAUGCAAGCUCCAGCAAAGCUGGUUGGAAGGAUGCCUUCCCUUCCAGGCCACUGAAGUAGGGGCUUAGAGCGCAGUAGCUUGCAGGUGAGUUGGCACAAUGCAGCCCAUUGAGAUUCCAUUAUUAUUUAGUACAUUAUCCCCAAGUUAGGCUAUGAGGUUCAUUGAUAAGAGAAUCAUGAUAAAAAGCCUGUAUAGGGCCUUCAUUAUAAUACUGUUUUAGUCUCAUUAUUUUCAAGAUCUUCACCUCAAUUGCCCAUGCCAAUGAUAUUCUUGAAUAGUGAUUUGGGACCUUAAUGUCUCUGAGCAAAGUUGAGCAUGUAUUCCAAAGACACAGCUUCCAUUCAUAUUAGUAGAAGAUAUAUACUCACAUCCAAGAACACAAUUAGGCUCAACAUUAAUGGUAGCAUUGUGAAUAAAAUAAUCUUCUUCCUUAAAGCAGAUGUGUGAUUUUUUUAAGGGAGAGAGAGUUAAUCAGCAUGAACAAAAUAAGGUAAAGUUUCACUUCAGUAGGGAAUUUUUGGCAUUGAAAUUAUUAGUAAAAUACUGUGUUUACGCAUACUGUUUGAGUGUUCAUUCUGUUGGAGAAGGGUUGUUUAUAUAUAUUGUAUUAUAAUUUUAAGCACUUUUUAAAUGGAAACUAUAAGAAGAGAAUACAUUUUAGCAGAAAACUUAAGGAAUUAUGUUUAUACAUGUUGCUGUAAUGUAUGUGGGCAGCAAUUGUAUUUAUACCUCAUGGCCAGAAGAAUAUAUAACAAUUAGAUUUUGUUGUAUGUUUUAGAACAUUUUGCCAACCCAAGCGUAAAGGUAAAAAUGAUCACUUCCUAUAUGUGUAACAGAAAUCCAACUUACGCUGUGCAUCUAUUUUUCUACUGGUCUUGACUGUUAAUGUACUUUGUUACUGUAAACUCUUAUGCUUCGUAGUUCAACAAAGAUUGUUUAUAUUUGCACUGGUGGUGCUAUUUAUUUGCUUUUGAAAAUAUUGGGGUUUGCACAUGUUCAAGAUGUUGGAACAAGAAUGUUGAAAGACAGUGAAGUAUCUUUGGUAUUGAAAGUAUAUAGAAAUAAAGUAAAUAGACUAAUUCACACUGACAUAGUAGGUCAGAUUCUGACUUCAGUGGAGUUAUUCCAGAUUCAUAUUGAUGCAACUGAGAGCAGAAUUUGGCCCAGGACAUUACUUGUGCAUUAGAAACUAACAGCUGAGCAUUAGCAAUAUAGAAAAUUGGUGAACAGAGACAGCACUGAAAAAUUAAAACGCCAAUUCAGGCUCACAACUCCUACUUACCACCACCACCACCUAACGUGCAUGUUCUAGAGAAAAAACAUGUUUAGGAGAAGAGAUAUUGAAUGUAAAAAAAAAAACGUGCUUCUUUAAAAAGAAUUAAUCUGUCAGUUGCAGUAGAUUUAGAUUUCAAAGAAUACCUCUGAAAUGUGCAAUUAAGGGAAAACUUUACUGAUUAAUGAUGAUGGUUUAGAUAGCUAAAUAAUGUAGGCUAGGAUCUUCAAAGGAGCUUAAAUUCAAUGAGAAUUAGGUACCCGACUCAUUUGGGACUCUGCCUUAUCAAACAAUAGCCAAAUUGUACCUUUU